AUGGCUCCUUCAUCGUUACUAAACCAAAAUGACAAAGUUACAAUUCGAAAAUAUAUACCAAAGUCUACUAACAAAAUAAUCGCUGCUUCCGUAGCCAGACUCUAUAUCGCAUACCCCAAGUCAGACAGUUGGACGUAUACUGGAUUGUCUGGUGCCAUCGUUCUGGUGUACGACAGCGUAGGAAAGUGUUGUUGGCUUAAAUUAGUUGAUCUGGUGAGUGAUGGAGGCGUUCUAUGGGAUCAAGAAGUCUAUGAGGGAUUUGAUUUCCACCAAGACAGAACCUUCUUUUACUCCUUUGAGAUAGAGGGGUGCUUGGCUGCACUGAGUUUUGCAGACGAAGAAGAAGCAUCAAAAUUUCAUCGAAAAAUGGUCGACAAAGGCUACCAUCCAGAUGCUGUUGAGAAUCCAGUACGCUCAAUGUUCCGCCGUCGCAGCAGUAGAAGAAGCUCUUCUCAACGUUCUUCAUCCUAUAGCCAAUCCAAUGGUAACAGUUUAAGCAUCAACACCACCAACAACAAUAACGCCAAUUUUGUGGACUCUUUAGAGCCCAGUCUGAUCGAUUCUCUUGCCCAAAUGGGCAUUACUCGCGAACAAAUUUCCGAGAACGAAGACUUUAUUCGCUCCUUCAUGGCCGAAAAUGGAAUAACACCUCCCUCUGGUUCCACUUCAGCAGCCAAUACUCCCGUAACUGCUCCAUCAACACCGGCAGUCCCCCCACCGCCUAUGCCGUCUGGCGCCGCUCCUGCGCUUCCACACGCUUCAGCACACGCUUCAGAAGCUCCUAAAUAUGCUGUCCCACCACCGCCUCCUCCAGGUGCAGCAGCAGCAGCACCCAACUUACCUCACUCGCCUCCUCGCGCGGAGAUACACCACAGCAACAGAAGCAGCAGUACGAGUUCUGUACCCCCUCUACCGACAGCUGCAGCGUCGGUGCCAACUCCUCCCAUCUCUGCUUCCAAAAGUACGGCCGGCCGUAUGCAGCGUCGGGUACCUCCUCCACCCCCAGCACGCCGAAACCAUGGUCGCAGCUUCAACAACGGUCCGGCCACGAGGUCCUCCUCGACUGGCAGCGGAGCACCACCGCCUCCUCCUCCUCCUCGUUCUGCUGCUUCUCGUGCUGUCCCUCCUCCGCCGCCCCCACGUUCCAGCGCAGCAGCGUCCCUUCACCAACGAGGCGUCCCCCCACCACCCCCCACCAAAGUACAGCGCUUUCCCUCCUGCACCUGCCGCUGCAGUGCCUUUACCGCCCACCUCUGCGGCACCCCCACUCCCCCCUGCCGCCUCGACGGCACCUCCACCUCCACCACUCCCGACCGCCUCCGCUCCACCUGCUCCCCCACUUCCCUCCGCUGCUGCUCCUAG